CAACCUUUUCAGUUUUCAUAUGUAUAUUCUCUCCUCUUCUCUUCUCUUCUCUUCUCACUCUUUUAGUCAAGGAGGUCCGUCUCCUUGUUUGCGAUCACCCAAACCCUCUCUUUUCUUUACCAAAUUCCUCUUCCUGUACAGUCUGCUCUGCUUAAAUUCAAUCCUGUAUCUGCUGAAUUCCGGCUUUUUCAAAGGUUUUAGCUUCUGGGUCUCUGCAUUCUUGCUUUGUAUAGUUCGUGAAGUGCGAGGUUGACACGUUAUAUCUUCAAUUGCAUUUGGAAGUUGAUUACAAUCUACAUUCAUGGAUAAAAUGGACACUUCUAAUGGCAUAGCAUGGUUUGGGAACAUUUUCCAGAAGUUUGAAGAUAUGUAUCAUGAUGUGGAUGAACUAGUGAAGCAGGCUGAAAGCCAGUUGGUGACAGUGGGUGCCAAUGUUAAAAACUUUUUUGCAGAGUUAGACUUAAUAGGAGAUGCAGUCCCUCAAUCUUUGGUGGAUAAAAAGCCAGGGGCUGCUCCUGGUACAUCUGUGGUACAGAAGACUGAUGAUGCAGUCGGUAUAAAGUCGCUGGAGGGCACUGAUGGAGGCUGUGGUGAUGGAGUCCACAUAGGUUCUGUGUUAUCUGUUAAGAGUGUUUCUUCUGGUUUAUCAUUGGAACAAGUUGAUGAUAAUCAGACACCUGACAAGAAAGAUUCAAUCAAUGCUAAUCAAGAAAUUGGAUUGGAUAUUGGAGCCAAAUUGUUAAUUCCAGCCUCAGAUGAUGUAGGAGAGUGUAACUCUUUCACGGAGCCAGAGGACAGAAGUACAAACCUUGUCGAUAUGUCUUCAAAAUUUUCAGAUGAGAAGAAAGACUCGAGCAAUGCAAAUGAAGAAAUUGGAUUGGACAGUGGAGCCAAGUUGUUAAUUCCAGCCUUGGAUGAUAUAGGAGGGUUUAACUCUUUCAUGGAAACAGAGGACAGAAGUAGAAACCUUGUUGAUUUGUGUUCAAAAAUUUCAGAUGACAUGCGACUCUCUAACGCUCUUGAAAUGGAUAUUCUCUGUAAGAAAAGCACUGCAGGUAAUACUGCAGCUAAUUUGCCCAUAUUUGCAACAGAGCCCGAGGGGCUUGAACUGUAUGAUAGUUCUAGUUGUGAUGAAUCAAAGACAACCAUGCAUUUUCCCGGAACUGAAGAGGCAGACAAUGAUGUUACCGACUCGGGCUUGCAAACUUUGGGAUCAUUGAACAAGGUGGAGCUUGGUGAAAGUUGCAUUGUAGUAGACUGUACUGAACUUGAAUGCAGUUCUGGUGAAGCUGUUAAGCGCAGGUCUUACAAGAAAAAAUUGAGGGACGCAUUUGUUUCAAGAAUGAGACUGUUGAAGAAGCAGAAUAAUGAUGAACUGAGGAACAGUUUUGCAACACUCACACUCCCUGAGAAACCAAAUUCGCCUGAUUAUGAAUUUUUUGAAUCCGACUGGGAAAUUGUUUAGAUAAGAGUAUCAUCACUCUUCAUAUGAAGUCUAUCCACAUCAUCCUGCCUCCAAUAUCUUGUAGAGUUGAAAAGACUGAGGCCUUCAAAAGGCUGUAAUUAUGCUUCCAUUUACAUAGUCCCAAAUUCCCAAUGCAAUUUUCUCUCUUGAGUUUUGAACUAGUUGUUCAUACAGGGUUCAAUAUGAAUGAAUUUCACAUUUAUAUUUUCUGCA